CGCAUGCGUUUAAAUCAUGGCAGCACUGGCUGUAUCAUCCAACUGGUAAGGUUGAGAAAUUAUUACCAUAGUAAAGUUUUAAUGAUAGAAAUGGGUUGUUAACUCAUUCAUUUUUAUACGUGUGAAACUCUACACGGGGAGUGUACCGUACAGGAACUGAAGGAACAUCAUGACAGCUAACGAGGAUCAAGAGAUGGAGUUGGAGGCUCUUCGCUCCAUCUAUGAGGGGGAUGAGUGUUUUAAGGAGAUCAGUCCAGUUUCCUUUCAGUUUCGGAUAGGAGACCUCGAGGACACCAAAGCGUUCAUCCUGGAUGUCACGUGGCCAGAGGUGUACCCUGAGACGGCCCCACAAAUCUCCCUUGAUGCCUUUUUCAACAACAGAAUCUCUGCAGAGACAAAGCAGCAGAUCCUGUCAAAGCUGGAGGAGCAGGUGGAGGCCAACCUGGGCACUGCAAUGAUGUACACUCUGUUCGAGUGGGCCAAGGAGAACCAGGAGGCCCUCAUGGAGAACCACAAGCCUGUAGUCACUUCUGUGACCUUGACAUCCAGCAGUGAGGUGACAAGUACCACCACAACUGGCAAGAAGAGGGAGAAGAAGGAACAGCUGACCAAAUCUCAGAAGAGGAGGAUUAUCAGCAGAACAGAUAACAAAGGAGAGCUGCCAAGAGGUUGGAACUGGGUUGAUGUUAUUAAACAUCUGAGUAAAACAGGAGGAAAAGAUGACGAGUAGGCGUGAGGGCAGUGAACUGAUGCUGCUUUAUACAAGGAAGAGCAGUGACGUCUGAACUCACUGCAGCCUGUUGAUGCUGCUACUCCUGUCUAGAUGCCUUCACAUCCUUCAACUUCAACAUUUCAACACUCAACAUGGCUACUUCCACCCUGAGAACCAAAGCGGGCUCGAUAGCAAUGGACUUCAGGACUCGCAUACGUACACACACACACACUUUCAGCUAAACUGAGAUUUUGCGCUGGGAAUUAUUAGAAGCCCUCUCUGUGUGUUAUGUGUUUGCAGUGUUUGUGGAAUGCAGCCAUGUGAAGAGGAACCUAUCAGAUUUUGUUUAUCAUACACAAAUAUUCUGCUCAUCCAUCAGGGCAGAGUGUGCUUAAGAUCCUUGCUGUCACUGCCGUGUUUCCAGUCUGUGAGUUUAGGCCCAGCUGCCAGGCACAGUUGGAUUGUGUUUCUAAAUGGAUGUGUCAAAGUGUCGCGUAGCAUCCUGCUGUUACUUUAAGGUAUCAUGUGACUUUGUGAAAGCAGAGAAAUUUUUAAUGACACACAGUGUUACUAUUUUCACCAUUUUCUGAUUUGGAUGAAUGUUUCUUUUUCCCCAAGAAUUGAAAACCUUAAAUUUUAUACAUAAAUAAAACCACAUGUUGUACUUCUUGUCUAAUAAUGUAAUUUACCAUUAGUUAGAUGUCUUCUGUCAGAUUUAAGAGUAUGACUGCUGUAUUUAUGUUAAAACUAGUCUAUCCUGUAGUCAUUUUGUGUACAUAUCUGUUCCCAUCGUGUGCAGAGCCGCAAACAUCCCUAUAAAGUGCAAAGACUGACAUCUGUCUUCAGUCAAGCACUUCACUGUUUAACACAAAUCCGCAGUUCUUGUAUUAAAUGUAAACCAGGGGAGACUCUUUUCAGGCCACCCUAUGGGCGAAAUUACUUGCUACUGGUCCCGAAAGUGUGAAGGUACAAAUUGUUUGAGUUACAAAGGAAGUGGAAGGAUUUUUUCCUUCAAAAUAAAACAGUCUGAUUAUUUCAA